CAACGUCACACUUUACAUAACCUACUCUGACUUUCAUGCUACCGACAGUUGUAAGUGUCAUCAGGUAGAUUGUUCCAUUUUGCGCACGUGGAUGCUGUUUCUUUUUUGAUAUUAGUAAAAGAGUAUUUUCUAUAAUGUUUCAAAAUUCGUUUGACGACUCCACAUGCUCCCGGAAGUACAAAAAGCCCAUGCAAGCGUCUGUAAGACCAACAAUUCCUGUUAAAAAGAGAACAGAUUUAACGAAUACUGUAGAAACUGUAUACAGAAUGCGCGAAUUUAAUUUUGAAAAGUCAACAGAAACUUUACAAAACACUGUCAACUGUCCAGACGUAUUAAAAAAAAGUUUCUUAACACUCGAAGUUACCGAAAAUAACCCUUUGACCGUUAUUAAAAACGGUACAAAAUACUACAAAGUCGGACAAAUGCUCGUAACUGAUUUCAACCAAGUAAUGUAUCAUCAAAAUAAAAAUACGAAAAUAAACUCGAAUUUUAAUCUCAAAAACGUGCUGUUUUCUGUGGACGACGGUACCUUCAUUCAUCCUGAACAAAUCUCAGACACCCUUGCAUUAGCAAAAACGGGGACCAAAAUCGACAUAUAUCAUGUCCCAAAUGAAAAUAAAGAUAAUUCCCGUAAAAGAAUCAUAUGUCAUCAACAAUUAAACGAAAGCAUAACUAAAAAAAUGAAAACCAAUUCAAACAUGGCCGACUCCGAGCGCAAUUGUCUAACUGAAAGAAAUGCAUUUGUUUCCAACAAAAUAGAAACUGUUACUAACACAACAAUAUUAACAAAAGAUGCUGCUGGUGUUACAAACAAUAAAAUCCAGCAGAAUACUGUUAAAACAGCCGAGUUUCCAUACAAAAGAGUCAUAAGUUACCAAAAUACACAAAAUGAGUGCAUUUCAGAGUAUUUAAGCUUCCCGAAAGAAACUAUUACGAAAGGGAAAAAUCAGGACAAGCUUGAUAGAAGCCCAACGUAUAGCAUUUCAUUCAUUCCUCACAAUAAAGCUUCUUUACGAUAAGAUGAUGGAUAAAAUUUGUUUUAGCUCAGCACUUUCUAGUGUUGACAUUUGUCUUUUUACGUAAUAACAUUAAGAAUUGAAGUUUUUUA